AUGUCCAAUUCACGAGCUGGCGAUUUCCCUCUCAGCUACCCUGCCCGACCGCCUAGCCAGCCUCGUUCCGCCUCCCCUUCGGCCGGAACCUCGCCCAUCGACCCCAUGGCUUCGGGGCCGUCCUCGUCGAGGCCGCCCUUCGGCCUCGUCGGCGGCUUCUCCGCCUCCAGCAUGAUUGGUGGCAAUCCGCGAUCGGGAGCUGGCUCUCCAUCGCAUGACCUCCCGGGGUCAAGCAGACUUUACUCGAAGAGAGCCCGCGAGAUUCAAGCUCAGGAGGGUAUCCCUGGCCUGCCUCUGAAUCUAUGGGGUGGUCCUCCCACCAGCGGCAACUCUACUCCCCUGCGUGAAAAUAUCCCCGAGUCUCCCACCGACGGCUUCCCCGACUUUGCUCAGCUUCCCGCCCCCGAAUCUCUCAACCCACCGAGACGAGCACGUGCGGGGACCGUCCCCUCUCGAUUCCCCCCCGGUAUCCCUACACCUGCGUCGCAUCUGGGUGCCCCCGGUCUCGGUCCUAAGCUGGGCCGUCCGUCCCAGGGUCCCUUCAACCAGUCGCCGUCCCCGGGUCUCGAGUCGUCCGACAGCAACGCACCUGCUUCCGGCUCCGCCCUGCUCUCCCGCUUGCGUGCCGGCUCUCUGCCUCAGCGCAGUCAGUAUGCUCCGCUGGGUGGCUCGUCAUCCUUGUCCCCCUUUGGCCCCUCCAUCUUCAGCAGCUGGAACCCUCCCAACGUCGGCCGCGAGCGAGGCUCAACCCUGGCCAGCAUCGCCAGUGUCCCCUCCAACGAUCCCAGCUCGCCCUCCCAGUCCCACUUCUCCAGGGACGGGCCUAGCGAGUCCGACGUUCACAUGAGGACGCUCGACUACCUUGGUCUUGCCGAGACGCCACAGCACCACGUUGUCACGCCCUACAUCCCCACGCUCGACCCGCGACAGGCUAGCCGCAUACGCUCCUACUCGGUCAAUAAUACGGACCUGCACGCUGACGAGUAUCCCGACGACGACUACGACACCGACGGCGUCACCCACGACAGCCAGUAUGCCACCCUCCAGGACCAGCUCGAGAGGACCAACGCCGCCAUCCGCAGUCAUAACAUGGCUGUCCAGGCCUUUGCCAACACUACCCGCCGCCGCGCCCAGACGGCCGGUGCCCUCGACAACCCCGCCGCCCGCGGAAUGGGUGCCAUGCCCUUUGGUGCCAACCUUGCCGGUGGUGCCCCGCCCCCUGGUCCCAUCCGCUCGUCCCUGCAGGGCGAGCAAAAGUACGACGACCUGCCCCAGGCCGUCGCCGACCUCAACCUCGGCAGGUCCAGCAGUCGCAACGCCGGCCUCCUGAGCCCGGAGGAUCAGGGCAUCGAGGGCCCCACCAGCGCUCUCUGGCUCGGCAACAUCCCCACGUCGACCACGACCACGACGCUCGAGGAGAUGUUCAAGGUCCACGGCAACAUCGUCUCGGUCCGAGUCCUCACCCACAAGAACUGCGGCUUCGUCAACUACGAGCGUGUCGAGAGCGCCAUCGCCGCCAAGGCCAACAUGAACGGCAGGGAGCUCUUCCCCGGCGCCGCAGCCAUCCGCAUCAACUUUGCCAAGCCUGCCUCCCCCGCCAACACGCCCGGCCACGAUGGUGCCUACCCCUCGCCCAGCCCCGACCCCUUUGCCAAGGGCCAGGACUCGUCCGCCCAGGCUUCCUCAUCGGGCACACCGGCUGCCGCUGGUGGGUCUGCCGACGGCGCCGGCACCCCUUCAGCUGGCGGGCCCACCGGUGCUGCCGCCGGCGCUGCCACCGUCAAGACGGCUGCCGCGCCCACCGCUCCGGAGCUCAGGGACAGCGUCGCCGACAUCCUCGCCAUGGUUGAGCGCUUCGGCGCCACCGCAGACGAGGUGGAGCGCGUAUCCCAGUCGCUGCAGAACGCUAUCUCGUACACGGGCAUCGUCGACGAGAUCCCGCCCAUCAAGGAGCCCACGCCCAACCGCGUCCACGACGCCCCCAAGCUCCGCGAUCUCCGCAAACGCAUCGACAACAACAGCAUGCCGGUCCACGAGAUUGAGGAUGCCGCCAUGGCCAUGCUGCCCGAGAUCGCCGAGCUGUCGUCCGACUACCUGGGCAACACGGUCGUGCAGAAGCUCUUUGAUAACUGCAGCAACCCGGUCAAGGAUGCCAUGCUGGCCGAGAUCACCCCCCACCUGGCCGAGAUUGGCUGCCAUAAGAACGGUACCUGGGCCGCUCAGAGGAUCAUCGAUGUCAGCAACACCCCGGAGCAGAAGGUGGCCAUCUCCAAGGACGUCCAUCCCUACACCUACGCCCUUCUCCUCGACCAGUUUGGCAACUACGUCGUCCAGUGCUGCCUCAAAUUCGGCACCCCCUACAACCAGUUCAUCUUCGAGACCAUGAUGAGCCACAUGGCCAGGCUGUCCCACGCACGCUUCGGCUCCCGCGCCAUGCGCGCCUGCCUGGAGAGCCACUUCGCGACCGCCGAGCAGCUGAGGAUGAUUGCCGCCCAGGUCGCCAUCCACAGCGUCACCCUGGCCACGGACCAGAACGGCGCCUUGCUCCUCACCUGGUACCUCGACACUUGUAACAUGCCCCACCGCCGCGCCGUGCUCGCCCCCCGCCUCGUCCCCUACCUGGUGCACCUGUGCACCCACAAGGUGGCGUACCUGACGGUGCUCAAGGUCAUCAACCAAAAGGCCGAGCCCGAGGCUCGCGACCUGAUUCUCAACGCCCUCUUUUUCACCCCCAACGACGAAGUGCUCACCGCCAUCCUCAACGACUCCACCUACGGUGCCACCUUCAUCUUCAAGGUCCUCACCACGCCCUUCUUCGAGGAUAAGAUGCGCGUCCAGAUCGUGGAGAAAGUUCGGAACGUUCUCCAUAAGAUCAAGGCGCAGUCUGGCCAGGGAUACAAGCGCCUCAUGGACGAGGUUGGUCUCUCGAGGAACGCCAACGGCGGCGGCGGCGGCGGCGGCGGCGCGUCUGGACGGGAUGGCAGCUCCCAGUCAGAGCAUAGGCAGCGCCCCAACUCGCGCCACCACCAGCACCAUGCCGGCGGCAGCACGAAUGGCCAGCAGGGCCCGAAUGCCGGCGGCGCCAACAGGCAGCAGCCCCAGCCCCAGCCCCAGCCCCAGGUGCCGUUCUACAACGGUAACGGCAACACCGGCAACAUCAACGGCAGCGGGAACAACACGGGCCUCGCGCAGCCCCAGCAGCAGCCAGGCCACUUCCCCCUGGGGGCGGGCAAUUCCCCCUACCACUUUGGCCUGCCUGUUAACGGCGGCGCCUCGGGGUACCAGGGCUACCACCCGCAGAACUCGAUGAACCCCAUCGCGCCCUACAAUCUCAACCGCGGCAUGACGGAGGCGGAGCUGGCCCACCAGGACCGUCUGAUGAUGCGCGGCAUGGUCCAGCCCCCUCCAGUGAACCCGGAGCAGCUCGAGUUCAUGGAGCGCAUGGCGGCCAUGCAGGGCGGCGCACCGCAGUACCCCUGGGGAGGCUACCCCUCGUCCGCGGGCGGCAUGGGCGGUGCGCCCCUGGACCCGUCGUCCUUCCCCAUGGCUCCCGGAGGCAGCAGCCAGUCGUUUGGACCUGGAGGUGCCGGGCCGGCGCCGCCUCCCGGGUUCAACCCGGCCGGUGCGGCGCCGGGAACUGGCUACGGGAACUACGCGCAAGGUCAAGGCCAGCCUAGUCACAAUAUGCGCAGACCU